CAGUCGCGUCGGCUUUGAGGAAACCCGCGUCUCGCCAGCUCUGAUUUAUAGUUUGCUGCAUUGCAUGGUGGAUUUUGUCGAUGAGUUUCUUAGUUUGUGCCAUGUAGCAGAAGUCGUCGAAGUGCAUUGAGGUGUUGUAGUCUUUUCUCUUUUGUUUGACGGGGGUUGGAUCGGUCUGUGUUGAGUUUUUCAUCAAGAGAGCCAGAGGGAAGAGAUGUCAAUAAAACUUAUUUUUGGUGUGAGAAGGGAAGGAUCCGAUACACGGAAAAAGGCUUAUUGACAACUUUUCUGUGACUGACGGGUUGUGUGAAAAUUGGAAAAUCGGGUAGUGCAGCUUUCUUUCUGUGGUCCUAGUAAUAAGGAGUGAUGUAUUGACGUAUAGCCUGAUUGGUAUAAAACGCAGUCCCUCUAUUAUUUCGACAGUCAAACGGCAUUAAACUCUUGAAUUGUAGGUCAAUUUGAAUAAGAUUAACGAACGAAAUGAUAUUCACUCUGCAGUUUCCCUGUUUUUAGAAUCUAAUCAAUUGUAUAAUAGAAAACAAUAUUGGGUAAUCUGCAAUCUCAAUUUCAAAACUUCAUUGUGACGCAACGAUCUAAAAUGAAUUCGUUUGUGCCAUUAGUGAAGAAGAAUGAUGAAAAUCCUUGAAAUGAAAACUUUGACUUGUAUUUUCAAAUCAUUAGAUUUGCAAUGUUCUUAAAAUAUAAAAACUCGUACUGCAGGCUAAUCCAAAACUAGAACUCUCAAAAAGAAAUCUCUAUAGACUGAUAAAGUCGUCUCGUACAACAUUUAGGUAACGUCCUAUUCGCAACUAAGACUUUGUUUAUUCAUCUGAAAUCGGAAAAUGCCGAUCGAGUGUAAAAGCUCGAUGUAAACGGAAGGUAAAAGUGUCACGUCCUUCUCAUCAUCGCUCGACAGUGCAAGUGCAGCGAAGUGGCUCGCCGCUCAGAACUAGUUCUCUCCAUCAUCGACUAACUUGUGCCAAAAGAACCGAGAUAAAAGGAAAAAAAAUCUGUGUACAUUCUCUCGCCUGCAAUACGUGCCUGACCUAGGAUAUAAUAUCUUGCGUCAUCAAGGUCGUGGGUACACAUCACGUGACUUGUGUGCGAAUCAAGCAGUAUUUUCCGACCGGAAAUUCGAAGCGUUAUUAACGCUGGAUGGCGUCGAUGAGGAAAAUAGCUGCCGGUUGUUAUAAUGGAACAGGGUUUUAACGACGAUGGUGGUCGUGACGUCAACGGUUGAGGCUCCCCCUGUCCCCAUCAACAGUGCAGCCGCCGCUGCAGUCGAGGACUUCUCGAAAGAUACUCUCGGAAGGUUGCGUAUUCGGUACGUGAUGCCGGCAGCGCAUCUGACGCUGCGCGAGGAGGACGUGGUCCGGCUGACCCUCGAGUUCCUGCACAGCCGCGACCUCCACAUCUCGCAGCUGUCCCUCGAGCGAGAGACCGGCGUCAUCAAUGGCCAGUACAGCGACGACGUUCUCUUUCUGCGCCAGCUCAUCCUCGACGGCCAAUGGGAUGACGUGCUCGAGUUUAUACAGCCUCUCGAGACCCUGCCCGACUUCGAUAUGCGUAGAUUCACCUACUCUAUACUCAGGCACAAAUACGUAGAGCUGCUGUGCAUAAAGUCCGAAGCGAACAUCAUCGGCACGGGGACCAACGGCAGCGUCGACAAUGCCGUCGAGGAGGUGGUAAAAGUUCUGAGUGAUCUCGAGAAGUUUGCCCCAACGAAGGACGAGUACAGUAGUUUGUGCCUCCUACUCACUCUGCCGAGGCUCACCGAUCACCUGCAGUACAAGGAAUGGAACCCCAGUAAUGCCCGAGUGCAGUGCUUCCGCGAAGUCUAUCCUCUGGUGGAGAAGUUUCUGCCCGGGGACAGGAAAAGCAGCGAUCCAAAUCACCCGUUUACUGUGGCGAAGAAUGACCGACUGAUACAGCUCAUUAUCAAGGGAAUAUUGUAUGAAUCGUGCGUGAAUUACUGUCAGGCCAAAGCUACGGGCUCUAAGGAGAGCGAACAGGUGGAGAUGAGCUUUUCAAGACUGCUAGACGGCUCGGUGGGUUUCAGCGAUUCGGAUCUCAGCCUACUCUCCUGGCUGCAGUCCAUCCCACCGGAAACUUUCGCCGUACCGUUCGCCCAGCGUACUCUCAACGUAGACGUGGAGAGACUGGAGAGGCCAUCGCUCGAGACCUCCUGGACCGAGCACAUGCUCAUCACACCUAUCAAGCCAAAGACCUUCCCACACAGCGCGAUGCCUUUCACGAGACCCAGAUCCGCCGCCGACAUGAUGUCCAGAAGUCUGGUGCCAGCUCUUGAAGCUGGCUUCGGACCCAGGAGUCCUGGACCCAGACACAUGAAUAUACCGUCGGCUGCGCUGAUGGCACUGUCAACAGGGGAUAUCAACAACCCUAUGAUGUCUAGGAGCUCUUUUGCCAGCUUCCAUUUGACCGGGUUCAAGAAUAAUAAGCUGAUGAAUACGAGUGUCGAUAGGUUGUUCGAGAACGAGGGCGAUGUGUUUCUGAGCUCGAGUUACGCGGAGUUCCAGCAGCUGCCCUCGAUACAAGAGACUAUCAAUUCAACGGCUCAACCUAAGGCGCCGCCGAGGAUAAGGGGACACUCCAAGAGCCCGGAAGGUGUCAAAGCAGACCCAUCGGCAGCCUCGACUCCAGAGCGUCGUCUUCCAGGGCGAGAGUCACCUGCGCCUUCUACGGCACGAAGUUCUCGGCGCGAUUCUUUGGCGGAUAAACCAACGGGUGUCGUACAGGGGAAAAUCGCUGAGCCCACUCCCGCUAGACCUAUCGUCCCUGGAGCUGGUGACCAGACACCACAGUCGCCACAGCCACAGCCACAGCAACAGCAAAACCUGGAACAAAGCUACAAUGGUGAUCUAUUUAAAGAAUACCAGAAACAGAAGCAGCGUUUGCAGGAGACGAUACAACAAAAGGAAAAGGAAAGAGACGAGCUGGUGAGGCAGCUGUCAGCUGCGCCGCUGUCCUCGCAGGCGAUCAACAAUCGAUUGCAGAGUGAAAGUAUAAAGCAGCCAUUAAGCAAAGGACAAUCACCGGUGCACUCGAUCACACCCGCGAGGUCCGGCAUGCAGUCACCGAAACCAACGACCAACGGCUCCGAUAAGCUAACGAGGCAAAACUCAACGUCGUCGAAUUUCGACGCGAGAAUACACGAAGGGCAUUACGACAUCGUUAAACCAUUUAAGCAAGAGCCAAGGCCUGACCUAGACACCAGCAACGGCAGCAGUGGUUCUGGUCGUCCGAAAUUUGUAGCUGUCACGGCCCUCGAAGAUGUGCAGGCAGUGCGUUGCGCAGAAUUCCAUCCGCACGGCAAGCUCUAUGCUGUCGGCUCAAAUUCCAAGACGCUGCGGAUAUGCGCGUAUCCCAAACUCCAUGACGUUCGGGAAGACCAUCAGACAUAUCAGCCGACGGUUCUCUUCAAGAGAACGAAACAUCACAAGGGUUCGAUAUACUGUCUGGCCUGGACGCCGGACGGUCAGCUUAUGGCUACCGGAAGCAACGACAAAACUGUGAAGCUCAUGCGAUUCAACGCUGACAAUUCUAAUCUUGAAGGCCAAGAAGUCGAGCUUACGAUGCACGAUGGCACAGUGCGCGAUCUUUGCUUCCUCGAAGACACAUCGAACAAAUCCAGUCUUUUGAUUAGUGGUGGCGCAGGCGACUGCAAAAUCUACGUUACCGACUGCGCCACAGGCACUCCCUUCCAGGCUCUAAGUGGUCACAGUGGACAUGUGCUGACCCUUUACAAUUGGGGCGGCGCUAUGUUUGUCAGCGGUUCUCAGGACAAGACAGUGCGAUUCUGGGAUUUAAGGACACGUGGCUGUGUUAACAUGCACACACCAGCCACCGUCCCUGGUAGUAGGGUUGGUAGUCCAGUGGCUGCACUCUGCGUUGAUCCAUCAGGUCGACUGCUUGUUUCUGGUCACGAGGACAGCAGCUGCGUCCUUUACGACAUUCGUGGCGGCAGGACGGUGCAGUGUUUUAAACCUCAUGCUGCCGAUAUAAGAAGUAUCCGAUUCUCGCCGUCAGCUUACUAUCUUCUCACUGGAGGUUAUGACAACAAACUCGUACUCACAGAUCUGCAGGGUGACUUAACGAUGCCUCUACCGAGUGUCGUCGUUGCUCAGCAUCAGGACAAGGUCAUAUCAGGUCGCUGGCACCCGACAGAGUUCUCGUUUCUUAGUACCUCCGCCGACAAGACAGCGACGCUUUGGGCAUUGCCGCCGGUCUAAUUCACUAGCACUCAUCGUUUUGUUUGUAAAUUUAACGAUUAUUUGUUAAGAACUUCUGUUUUUUCUUUCGUCGCGAAUUCAUGAUUAACUCAAAUUUAUAAAUAUUGUAAUUCAUGAGAGAUGAAAAAAUGAGCGAACGAAAAAAAGUUAUAACGUGUGAUACUCCUGGAAGAAAUGAACAAUGCUGGCGCUCGCAAAGCAGCGCUCUAUUGUAAUCUGAUGUUUUGUAAAGAAAUUCGUUUCUGCUUUUGUUACGAAUGAUGAAUAUUUCUACGCAAUUUUCUAACAGGAAUUUUUCAAAAUUUUUAAUAAAUUUUGAAGAAUUUAAUAUCUUUGAUGAUAUUAUUUUUUACGAAUGCUAUUAAAUUUGUUAAGUCAAGUUUAGAUUAUAUAAUAAAUCCGUUAUGGUAUGUUUAAAAACAAUGAUAAAGCUUAUUUUCAAAAAUUUCAUUAAAUAUUUAUAUUUCUUUAGAUAAGAUGUUCAUAAUGCGUUAAUAAUUUGCAUACAGGGUAAGAAGUAAAAUACGCGAUUUUUACUUCAAACGAGUUAUUAUCAUCCCUGAUUUAUUCUAAUUUAUUAUAACAUACAUUUUAGCUACAAAUUAUUCAACUCUUUUUCUUCAAUCGUUGACUCUUAUGGCUUUAAAUACAAGAAGGGAUAAAUUAUAAAAGUUUUUUAAACUUCGUUUUAUCUAAAAAAUUAAAAUGAACACUAUUUAUAUAUUACUUUCAAUUAAAUUAAAUCUGUUGGAGGUCGAAAAAUUAAUGUUAAUAAAAUAAAAAAAGUAUUAAGAAAAGUAGGCAUCAUCGAAUCGAUUACCAUGUUUAUAUACAGCAACAUUUCAAAAUAAAAUAUUUUAUGUUUUCGCUCGCUAAUUAACCAUGACCAAUUUAAACAAAGAAAAAAGUAGGUACUAGCGAUUUGAAGAGGUUUUAAAUAAAUGCGCGAUGGAAGAGAUUAAAAACAGACACAAAAGGGUAUUGUGCGACUGGUAAAUUUAUAUUACUGCAACCACGCCGAUUUGUUUUAAUAUUUAAUUUAACGAACGUUAAAAGAAAAACUACCGAACGUACAUCGUAAAAUCCAAAAAUUGGUUUUUGACUGUUAAUUUUAGAUAGUUACUUUAGUUUGCUAUUGAUAAAUUUAAAACAAACAAUUAGCUUUAUAUUAAACUAUCUAAAAUUGACAAUCUGAGAACAAUUUAGCCUUGUACUUGUAUUUUUUAAGCAUUGAAUAUUGCUACAAGAGAUAUUUAUAAAAUGUAGUGUUUGAACAAACAAGAAACCGUUAUUUCGAAGUAAUACAAUCGAGCGUCAAAAAGACGAGAAUCAUAAGACUGGUUGGUCAUCAUCUUUGAUCGAGACAGGACAAUGUUGAAAUUUUUGAUGGAACGGUUAAACACUCUUGUUUUAGAGAGCUUGUCCCGGUUAUUGAUAAUUUAUAAAAAAAAUCCCUUUGUGUCUUACACAUGCUAUGUUAUUUUUAAUCGUCAUUAAUUAUUAAAUAGUUAAUCGAUCAGUUUAUUUCGCAUGUAAAUAUGUUAGUGCUUAGGCUUAAGAAACGUUUCAUUAAAGCGACAGUUAGAAAAUACGUACUUGUGUACAGUAUAGGUGUAUCGUUUUCUGUAAAGGAAGAAAGCCUAUUACGAGGAGUAUAUCAACUACUCAUUUGUCUACCUAAGUCAAGUCAAACUUUAUUUUUCGUUUUCGAUUUUUUGUAGCGUCAAGUAAACUUUUUGUAGCUUGUUGGUACGCAAUUGAAAUAAAACGAGAUUUUUAGCGCUUUAAUGUGGUUAACGCAUAAUCUUCUAAUUUAGCCAAAUGCAUGGAAUAAACCCACUAGUAGAGUAACAGGCAAAUUUAAUUCAUAUUCGUAUAAGACCAACGUUUUUAUUUGAAAUACCAAUAGAAGAAGACAAACCAUAAUUUUUGUUUUCUAGAAAGUGUCGGUUUUAAUUAACAUUUAUAGAAAUGCAUUAAAAAAUGUUGUUCAAUAAUUAAUAUACAGUGUAUACAAUUAAAUUGAAAUUCGUUUGUCGAGGUGACUGAAUGCUUUACUGUUACGCGUACCUUAUUGAAAUACGAUUUCAUAGUUACUGCAGAUUCAUUGAGUUAAGUAGAUCAUAGAUCGAAUGAUGAAUUUGUUUGACUUCCAAAUAGGAUAUUUACGCCAAAUUAUUUAUACAGGUAGAAAAUAUUGUACACGUAGGUAAAUAUCAGUAUAAAAAUAUAAACGUUUGUGCCCACUUAUAUGUAAGCGUAUAGAAGAACCGAUGAACAAACAAUUAAAAAAAUGCAAAAAAUAAAAAAAAAACGUAUAAACUAAUAUACUUACCAAUUUCUCGCAUAGAAAGUCUGUAGCGACUUUGAUACAGUGUGGUUAGCAAGCAUUGUGAAAGGUACUGGAGAAAAGAGUACAAAGCCGCAAAGAAAAAAUAAAUGCGAGAUCAUACGUAACUUUUAAAGCGAAUAAAAACAUUAUAUAUAAUCCGUUAUACCUUGAGAAAGAUCCUUAUCAGCAUAAUACGUAAAACUUUUGACAAAUCGAUCGGAUACUUAUUGUUUUAUAUUUCUAAAGUCUAUACAUUUUUAUUUCUUUGAAAUAUAAUUUUUCAUGUCUAAUAAAGUUUUAUUUAAAUAUUUACUUGAUUAUUCUCAAUUGGAUAGAUUUAUAAAACGAAAUCUAUAUACCUUUAUCAGUAUCUGAAAACAUCAUAUAAAAUACAAACGAAUCUAAAUAUCUCAUAAAUGAGAGAGCGAGAAUCAAUGUACGGUGUACCAAGGAACUGUUAAUUUACCUCCGACAGUGUGAAGUCGCACCUGGCGCCUAGAGCGCUGAUUUAAUUUUUUUACGAGUGUGUGAUGAAAAGUUAUUGAAAUCUUUCGUCCCAUCGAGGGACAGAGAUACGAGUAGUGAAAAGGAAGGAGCAUCCGCUUUUUGCGUAGCAAUUUGUCGUGCCUUCUGUCGUGGCUGCUUUCGGCGAUUUGCGAUUUAUUUUUGUAUCUCAAUCUUUUAGUCCCUCUUUCAAAUUUUACACACGAAUGGACUUAUACAUAUAAAUACAUAUAUCCACAUCGCCAAAAAUCUAUUCAGCCCCUAUCUCACCUUCCUUUCCCGACAAUUCCUUCCUCUCCGUGAACACUCCAAGUAAGGUAGACGAAAAAAUCGUGCAUGCAUAUCAGCAUGAUAUUCAAAUUUUGCAAACAUGAAUAUACUGAUACGUGAAACGUUGGAGAGGAGAUUUAUAAACACAGACGAGUCAUUUAUUGCAAGAUUGCGCUGACAACGUAUGACUUACAACUUUGUACUUUUUCUGUAGAUAUGACAUGAUAUGUAACAUUGUCACAUUUAAUUUAAACAAUAAACCUUGCAUUAUUUAAAAUA